AAGAGAUCGAAAGCCAGAGAGCGGAAGUGGGCUGCUGCUGCUGACUGCUGCUGUCCUCCUCCUCCGGGGAUCGGCUGCAAGGCAAGCAGAGGGCAGGUCCUCUCCCUUGCCUUUCUGGACUGCCCUCACCCACAUUGGCAUCACUCCUGGCUGCCUUUGGACCGAAUCCUGGCGCCUCCGUGGGCACCGCUGACGCCUCCGUCACCACUGCUGCUGCCUCUGGGAUUGCGCCAUGCCUGUGGCCGGGCAUGGAGAACCCCGCCGGGAGCCUGCUGCAGGGCAAGGCCUUCUAUUGCCGGGAAUGGGCACUGGGCCGGCUGGCACUCAGCCUGGAGGGGGGUGGUGGAGGAGUCCUGAUCACUGGAGGUCCAGGCUGUGGCAAGACUGCCCUCUGCACAGAGGCCCUGUGGCCCACCUCUCUGGCCGGGCGCCGGGCAGGGCUGGGGGAGAGCGCCUUGGCGUGGCACUUCUGCCAGCCCCACGAUGCUGCCACCCGCUCCCCCCGCGGAUUCCUGCUCCGGCUGGUGGCCCAGAUUGAGCAAUGCCCACUGCUGCCUGGGUACCGUGAGCGCCUGAGCCGGGCUGAUGCCCGCCGGGCCCUGGAGACGGCCGAGGGCAAGGAGGACCCAGAUGAAGCCUUCCGGAGAGCCGUGCUGCUCCCCUUGCUGGACCUUCCUCCACCGCCGAAGCCCCUCCUGAUGGUGGUGGACGCGCUGGACGCAGGCAAAAGCGACUGCGAGGGGGAGCGGGCCCCUCCUCCAGGACCCAGCCGGACCAUCGCCCAACUCUUGGGUAGCCAUCUCCAGCUGCUGCCCCCCUGGCUGCUCCUGGUAUGCACAGCCCGAUCCCACAGCAAGGGGGUACUACGUCUCUUCCCUGGCUUCCAGCGGCUGUGCCUGGACGACCUCAGGCGGGAGCCCGUGGUGGGCGACGUGCAGCAGUACAUCCUGGCCCGUCUGGGGCAGGAGGAAGCCCUCCGGCGGCACCUGACCCGCCCCACUGCUGAGGCCCUGAGCCAGCUUCACAUCAAGAGCAACGGCUGCCUCCUCUACUUGGAGCGGGUCCUGGAUGGCGUGGCGGCCGAACUGGUCACUCUCUGGGAGGCACGGCACAUCCCGGGCACCCUUUUUGGCCUCUACCUCUGGCUCUGCCAGCGCCUUUUUCCCGGCCACGAGUUCACCCUUGUCCGCCCACUGCUGGAUGCGCUUCUGGCUGCACCUCGGCCCCUGCGCCCAGAGGAGCUCUAUGCGGCUGUUUGGACGCGCAGGCCAUUGCCCUGGAAGGAGUUUGAGGGCCGGCUGGGGGCCCUGGAUCCCCUUCUACAGACAGGUCCUGAUGGCACUUGCCUGCUCUUCCAUGCCAGCUUUGCCGAGUGGCUCUGUGACGUCAAGCACUGCACCCAGAAGUACCUCUGCCGCCCUGCCCAUGGGCACGCCUCGCUGGCCAUGAGUGCCUCUUGUCGGGCCCCGGCUCUGGGUCCCAAUCGGGUGCAUGAGCUGGCCUACCACCUUCUCCGGGCAGAGCUGGGCCUGGAGCCCUGGCAGCUAGCACUCUGGCUGGUGUGGUGUGGGGCCCCCUUGGAGGGCUGCCUGGAGUCAGGCGAGGAGAGACCCGUGGAACCGGCUGUGCUGGAGCUCUUGGUGCUGGCAGGGGCUCGUCUGGGCAACCAGGGGCCGGGCCCUUCCCUUCAACAUGCCCUGGAGCGUGAGGACUCUGUCCGGCUCCUGCUGGAAAAUGGGGCCAGCGUGGAGCAGCGGGACCUCAAUGGGAGGACGUUGCUGGCCAGUGCCGCCCACAGUGGCAACCACGAAGUGGCAGGGCUGCUCCUGGCACGUGGAGCACAAACCGAGACUCCCGACCGACACGGACAGACGCCUAUGACUCUGGCUGCCCGCCAGGGCCACACCAAGGUCCUACUUUGCCUAUUGAGCCACGGUGCCAAGGUUGACAGGCCAGAUCGUGAGGGGUGGACGGCGCUGCGGGCAGCAGCCUGGGGUGGGCACAGUGAGGCUGUUGGGGUGCUGCUACGGGCAGGUGCCAAUGUGGACUGUGCUGACACAGAGGGGAGGACUGCCCUGCGGGCAGCAGCAUGGGGCGGCCACGAACACAUUGUGGCCACGUUGCUAGAGCAUGGUGCUGAUGUCAACCGAGCUGACACGGAGGGGCGGACAGCCCUUAUCGCAGCCGCCUACAUGGGCCACCGGGAGAUUGUGGCCCUGCUCUUGGCACAUGGGGCUCAUGUGGACCACGCCGAUGUAGAUGGCCGCACGGCACUCUCUGUAGCAGCCCUCUGUGUCCCUGCCAGCCGUGGCUACGCCAAGGUGGUUGAGCUGCUCUUGGACUAUGGGGCCUCCCCUGGACAUGCUGACCGGGAUGGGAUGACCCCCUUGCUGGUGGCUGCCUACGAGGGCCACGUGGAUGUAGUGGAGCUGCUGCUGGAAGCUGGGGCCGAUGUGGAUGAGACUGAUGCCACUGGCUGCACCCCGCUCCUUGCUGCAGCCUCCAUGGGUCACCGGGCAGUGGUGGACACUCUGUUGCUCUGGGGGGCAGCUGUGGAUGUGCUGGACAGUGAGGGUCGGACUGCUUUGGGGGUGGCGGCUGGGAUGGGCAGCGAGGCAGUGGUGCGAGCGCUGCUAGCGCGAGGCUUGGACGAGAACCACUGGGACAGCCUGGGCUGGACCCCACUGCACCUGGCCGCCUGGCAGGGCCAUGCCCGGACCUGUGCUACCCUGCUGGAGGCUGGGGCCCGUGUGGGUGAGCCGAACCAUGACGGGCGGGUCCCGCUGAUGCUGGCCGCCCAGGAGGGCCACACAGACACAGUACGGCUCCUGCUGGAACGGGGCUCCCCUAUUGACCACCGGGGGCGGGAUGGGCUAUCAGCUCUCUCACUGGCCAUGCUGGGUGGGCAACAGGCCACGGCAGAGGUGCUGCUGCGCAAGGGGGCAGAGGUGAACCUCUCGGAUGUGGAGGGGCGCCCCACGCUGUACCUCCUGGUGCUUGAGGGCCGGACAGAGAUGGCCGAGCUGCUGCUGGAGAAUGGGGUUGGUCUGGAGGGACGGGACACCCAGGGCCGCACUGCCCUCCAUGUAGCCUGCUGGCAAGGGCGGGAGGAGACCACUCGUCUGUUGCUCAGCUAUGGGGCUGAUGUAGAUGCCCUGGAUGGGGAGCGCCGCUCAGCCCUGCAUCUAGCAGCCUGGCGUGGCCAUGCCAGGGUCGCCCGCCUCUUGCUGGAGAACGGGGCCCAGCCUGAUCAUGCCUGCAACCAGGGGGCCACAGCGCUGGGCAUCGCUGCCCAGGAGGGCCAAACUGAGGUGGUGAGGGUCCUACUGGAGCACGGGGCCAACCCCCAGGUCCUGGACCAGGCAGGGCGCACCCCGGCACAUAUGGCAACCAGGCAGGGCCACCAGGCCAUCCUCAGGCUGCUGGAACGGCACCGAGGUUCUCCAGCCUCUCCACAGGCAGGCUCUUCCAGCAGCUCAUCCGGAAGCCUCCUCCCACCAGUCAAGGAGCAGAACAGCCCCCCUUUGGUGUCGCUGGACUCCUUGGUGGGUGACCGGGACAAGUCCCAGGACUCCCAGGGUUCCUCCUCCACCUUCCACUCCCUGGCCACGGCCCAGACUGUGCCCGUUGACAGCCUCACCUUCACCCAGCAGGUUGAGCAGCAUUCACUGCCCCGCCGGCGACAGGCAGCCACUGCCCUCCACCCCCUGCCCAAGCCUGGCAAAGGGGAACCAGGAGAAGGGGCCCUCAUCUCCAUUGAUAACCUGGACCCUCACCUGCACCUCAAGGCUGCCAUCAAGUUGCAGUUUGAGGGCCCCACGUGUGGCUACGAGUACAAGCAGGAGACACCCCUCUAAAUCACCCUCUGGAGAAGGGGAUAGGUUGGCAGCAGGCAGACAGGUGAGAUCUCUAGGCAAUACCAGGGUGGCACAGGUCUCCUAGGGAUGAAGAACAGGUGGGCUCUCUCCCUGGCAUUAUUCAGCCCUUAGGUGGUCCAUGGAGGACCCAGUGGAGGGGGGGUGACCAUAGGGGGGUAUCUCAUGGAUAUGGCAACUCUUGCAAGAGCCCCUCAUGGAGGACUUAUUCCAAGCAGAGACUGUCUGCCAUAGAGGUGCCAGUGAUAUGAAAGAGGCAGGCCUAUGACCAGUGUCAGGUGAAGGGGGCGGACAUUGGGGUGGGUGGGCAUUAAUUGUCUGGUCCUCCUCAUAUUCCUUCCUGAUUCCUGCUAUUCCUCCCAAGCACAGAGAAGUGAAUUGAUCCCCCUCCAACACAGAUUCCCAGGACAGGGUCUUCCCCAAGAAGAGAAUAACAUGGGUGCAAUUUGGAGCGAGGGAGGAGUGUUGCAAAUGCCCUUCACCCAAUUGUGCCCAGUCUGUGCUUUCCUGCUGGGUUGUAAGUCAGUGCUGAGACUUGCCUGAAGAAGCAGCACCCACCCACCCCAUUUGGUUCUUAAGUCUGGAGUCUGAGGUGUGUUUGCCCAGCAUUUUGCAAAAAGGGCAGCCCUAUUUUCCCCCAAACCCAUGGGACCACUUAAAAAUAGGCCGGGAGAGGAGACAGAAAUUGCCCACCCUGUAACAGGCUGCCAAGGCUGUCCAGGGUCUCAGCAGCCAAAAGCAGGGAGGCAGGAUGGCCAGAGCCAGACUUCUCAUGGCUGGACCUGCCACACACUCAGCAGUGCACCAAACAGUGGCCAGUCUGAAGGAGCCAAGUCCCAUCCCACUCUGUGCCCACACCAAUAGUUGGCGCUUUGCACAUUGUGUAUCCCAGAAGCAGCUCUGCAUGGGGCACUGGGUGGUAUAAUGGAAGAUGGCACCAAAUAAGAGUAGAGUUGUUUGGUAGGGAUUUUGAGGGUUGAGGAUGUUACGGGUGCCCUUCAAGCAACUGUGCCUGGUUUGUGGUUGUCUGAAAGUAGAUGCAAGGUGGGAAUUGGUGCCUCCUGCUUGGAUCCAAAAUGUGGUACUGCAUGGUAGCAUUAGCUCAACAAUUCAGAAAUGGGCCCUAGACUCCUUUCUGCAGCAGCCAUUCUCAAAGCACAUGGCAAGAUGGUGCCCAAUGGGCGGCCAGACUGUCUCCCUUCCCUGUAGCCUCACUAGCUGCAUGUCCAUGAACCUGGAGGACCAGGGGCAGAAGGUAGGUCCUCCAGCCUUGGGUCAGAUCAUGAAUGAGAUGAAGCCCCUAAAAUCUGUAGUAACAUUUUAGCAGAAGAAGCAAAUAGUUGUGUGUAAACUGCCACCUUCGUUUGGCCUCUGUCCAAGCCUAUUCUGUGGGGAAGGAAGGGGGCUCAUGUUGACCUAUGUUGUAUGCUGGCCCUGGUGCUGUGACCAAGCUGCCUUUGUUUCUGUAUUUAUCACUAACUUUAGUUGCCACAAGUGACUUGGGAACCACUUGAUACCAAAAAAAAGAGAAAGUCUGUUAAGGGGCAGGGGAGGGCCCCAUCUGCCACUUGGGGUAGCCCCCCCCAAUUGUCAUGUGCCUCCCCUCCGUCCUCUGCCACUCUACUUGCAGCCUGUGCCAUUCUUGUGCCUACUGGUGGGGGGUUGCAAGGGGCAUGCACUGAUGCAGAUGGUGGUCCUUGUUGCCACUGGGCUGCCUUGGGUCCUGUGUUGUGUUUUGCAGAAUGGCUGUCGCCAGUAAAAGUCCAACUCUGC